UAGGUUUCAAGAACUGCUGCCGCAGGUUUACAACCAUGGGGAAACUGAACAUGUUUGUAGUGUCCUUUAGCAACCUGCAAGGUGUAUACUACGCAGGCCAGAUCGUACAGGGCCAUGUCACGGUGGAACUGACGGACACUAUGAAAAUGAGAGGAAUUCGUCUUCGAUUUGAAGGCAAGGCCUAUGUACACUGGACAGAGAGGCAUACAAGAGGUUCUGGAGACAACCGACGAACAGAGACCCGACACUACUCUGCCCGAGAACAGUACUUCAACCAGGACAUACUGCUGGCUGGUAGAUGGAAGCAGCAGUCGGGGGAUGACAUCCAUCUGCCCGCUGGCCGCCACACCUUUCCAUUUGCGUUUCAACUCCCCACGCUUCCAUCAUCCUUUGAAGGAGAACACGGUCAUGUUCGAUACACGGCUAAAGGAAUCAUUGAUAAACCAUGGAAGUUCGAUCACGAAACAAAAAGGCCAUUCACAGUGAUUUGUUUGCUGGAUCUGAACCGGGAUCCAAAUGCUAUGAUGCCAGCUCAAGGUGCCAAUUCAAAGACAUUAUGCUGCUGGUGCUGUGCAUCAGGACCAAUCUCUGCCAACUUCACCAUUGACAGACAAGGAUACGUUCCCGGAGAAGCCAUCAUUCUGAAAGCUGAAAUUGACAACCAGACAAGCAGGAGAAUAAAGUCGUCGUCUGUGAAAUUGACAAUGGUGACUAAGUUCCAUGCUACCACCAAAACAAGAACCUCAAGUCGUGUGAUUGCCAAACUGAAGCAUGGGGAGAUCGACGAGGGUGGACAUGAUUACUGGAAUGGUGACCAGUUGGUUAUUCCUCCUUUGCCGCCAUCGUUUCUUGCUGGCUGCAACAUCAUUGACAUCAGAUACGUUGUGCAGCUUGAAGUGACCCCGUCGGGACCCAGCUUUGAUCUUGAGGUCCCUCUACAAGUAAUAAUUGGCACCAUCCCUCUGCAAAGUAUUCUAGCUCAGCAUCCGCCAAUGGCCCCUCCUGUAGGGGCCCCCAUGAUCAUGCCACACCCCGGAAUGGCUGGUGGAGCCUACCCCCCACCUGGUGCAGGAGCUUACCCCCAACCAGGGGCAGGAGCAUAUCCCCCUCCUGGUGCAGGAGCCCCCCAGCCAGGGGCCUACCCACCUCCUACAGGAGCCUACCCCCCAGGAGAGUCUCUACCCCCAGGAGCCCCCCCAGCCUAUCCCCCUGGAAUGCCGACGAAUUUGCCAAAUUUACCCCCACCAUCAUAUGGAGAGUGUGUGUUUGGGAAGGUCGACAUCAAGGAGGAAGGGGAGAGUGAGCACCUACAGGGUGACAACAGAUAUGCCCCCGUCUACACGUACUACGACUGGGGCCACAAGCCCUCCGCCCCUCCUUCAGAGUAGAUAUGAGGGGUCUGAUGUAGAUUGUAACCGCUGUCUAUACGUACUACGACUGGGGUCACAAGCCCUCUGCCCCUCCUUCAGAUUAGAUAUGAGGGGGGGGGGGCUGAUGUAGAUUGUAACCCCUGUCCACAUGUACUACGACUGGGGUCACAAGCUCUCGGCCCCUCCUUCAGAUUAGAUAUGAGGGGGGCUGAAGUAGAUUGUAACCCCUGUCUAUACGUACUACGACUGGGGUCACAAGCCCUCUGCCCUCCUUCAGAUUAGAUUUGAGGGGGGCUGAAGUAGAUUGUUACCCCUGUCUAGACAUACUACAACUGGGGCCACAAGCCCUCCGCCCCUCCUUCAGAUUAGAUAUCAGGGGGGCUGAUGUAGAUUGCAACAUGACUCUUGCUCUUGCUAUGAAAUCAAUAUAGAGGUUAUCAGAUAGUGAAGGGGUACAUUAGUAAAUUACAUCUGCCUGCAUGUACUGUGCCUGUCUUUGAAAAUCUGUCUACCCUUGCCCUGUGCCUGUAAUGUUUCAGAUGGACCUUGAUCUUCAAAGUCCCAUAUCCCACAAAUGUUAUAUUUUCCUCCUUUUCUUUUGCUGACUUUCCAUGGUAACCGUAUUGCAAGAUGAAGUUAUUAACCUCCUCUGUGUGAUCCACUGUUGUACACUGUUGUACACAGUCUGUGUACCAUGUAUUGUAUUGACAUUUAUAUUCCUGUAUUUUUAUGGUUUUAUUGUUUUGUUAUACUGAUAUAUGAUCCUUUUAGUUUGUUAAGAAUCACUGCUUUGAAAGGCAAUAAGUAAAAUUGUGCACAUUUGUAGAAACAGGUAAAGACACCAUUGUGUAAAGACAUAUUUAAUGAACAAAGGUCUGUUUCAUCUGCCUACAAACAUGUAGCCAAUAAUCAGUCAGUCAAUGAGUCAAAAUGGGUGUAUCUGACACAAACUGAAGUGCAGUUAAAUGGCUAAAACAAAUCCAUGUCCAAGAAACAACUCUGACUCUUCUCUGGCACCAUAUGCAGCGUAAUGUGGGAAAGCAAUCUACAGUUCUGAGGUGUAUAGGGAGGUGUAUAGGGUUGAGGUAAGCUGACUGGGAUGUCUACUCAGUGACAACAAAAGUCACCUGCUCUAAGUAUGAUGGCAUGAUGAGGUCAUAUGUUAUCAUCCAGGAGGAUUAAGUCGGUCUGAUGAGGCCAGCAUGGUCUCACAUACACAUCCAGAAUGUCGUGGCUGUAGCAAGCACCUGUCAACAUUCCUACAUGGAGAUUGGCUCCUCCAGCUCCACUGAUCCCAUCCAGAAUCAUCACUGAGCAUUCUCCAUGUUUGGCUGCAUUGGAAUCCUGUAGCCGGUCUCUAUUUUCCGGGACAAUCUAUGAAAUCUUGACAGUGUCUCAUCAGUGAAAGGUACUAGAGAUCAUUCUUGGUGUGUCUUCAACAAAAAUAAUACAUGCCUGCCUUUCUUUGUCGGGUCAGUGGGAUGUGAAUGCAUGCCCUCUGUCCUCUGCUGACAUCAUAUUUUGUUGAUCAUUUGAGUUUAGUAUUCAUUCACAAUAAAUUUGGUUAUCCUAUACUCUGCCGACAGCAGCAUUUGUUUAAUAUCUGGUUUUGUUCAUAAACUGUUCUACUUGUCCACUUGCUCUAUUUCAAUAUUUUUACAUUUGUUGAACUCCUAUUUUCAGUUAUUAAAGAACUCAGCAAGUAGCUUAACCAAAUAUUCAACAGCUAUUGCCUGAAAACCAAAUAUUGUACAUUCUUAACCUAAAUAUAAUGCAAAUUUGUUUUUGUGUAUGUUAUACAUUUUAUGUUAUUAUUAUUACUGUGGUUUCUCUUUUUGUUCUCAUGCCAAACAUACUUUUGAUUUUUGUUUUUAAAUUUUACAAAACUAUUGCAUUUUGCAUGUUUUUUAUCAUCUCUUCAGGUUUGAUUUGGAUCAGUAGGUGAUAAAAAGCAAGUCUUAACCUGGUUUUGGUCCCAAUUAAAAUCACUGAAAAGAAUUUUGUUUUCGUCAUAUAGAAAAUCCCUGGGAUUAGUGUUGUCAAGUCAAUCUGAUUCAUAUUUUUUUCUAUGUUAUAUAUUUUGUAUUCCAGUUUUUUAAUUUGAUUGAUCCUCAAGCAAACAAAACAAAUUGAAGGCCUCAAAUACAGGAACACUUUAAUAGUUGCUCAUAUGAGAGAAUUUAUGUUUCAUUGCCCUUUACAGCUCAGGACGUUUUAUGUUGUAGUCAUCAUGUCUUUGACAAAUAUGGACAUUUUUUUAGCUGAUUCUAUCAUUUUUAGCUAUGAACAUGGAUUUUUCAAACAUACAUAAAUAACAAACAAAUAUUCAAAAAUCAGUUCUUGUAAAUGAAAUGGUAUUUCUAAACAUACAUUUUGCAUUAAGACUGAUUUUUUUUUUAAAUGUCUUUUGAUGAAAUCCAUUCUUGUCUUUGUAUUAUCUACAUAAAAUACAGUAAUGUCAUGGGGACAAUUAAACUACCAUAGGAAAUGAAAAUGAAAUUGUGAAUCAAAAUGUCAGGUCUUUCAUUGCAGUAUUUACAUCAACCAAGUUAUUUUCUGUUUGUUCAGCUGAAGCAAUGCAAUUCUUUUUAUUGUGUAUUUCAGUGGAGUCUGUCAAAGAACAUCCAUCAAAUCCAUCCUCCACAAUUCAGCCUGAUAUUGUGUGACUGUAGGUUUGUCAUGCAUUUAGUCAUCUCGGAUCUGGCCACUUUCACGCAUCUCACUGUUCAGUACUUGCCUCUUGUCGCCAGUAUAAUUACAGGGUAUAGGCCAUAGUUUGAUUCCUGUAUGCAAGACUAUCAAACACAUUAGGUUGUUACAUUUUACAUGAGGUACCAAGUAAGUAACUCUAUACUGUGACCUUAUUUCUGUUUAUAACUUAUAAACUUAUAACUGUUUUAUACAAGACAGCAGUUCUUCCUGACACUUUAACUCAAAGUUUAUUUCAUGAUUUGAUGGAUUCUGCCUGAAAGGUCAAGUGUGUUGUUGUCAAGUCUGUGUCAGGUGUUGCCAGUUGUAGCUCAGGUUCGUGUUUCUCAGGACUCCACAAGCAAUCUCUGUCAGCAGUCUCUGUGCCCCUUCAGCAUUUAGGUAAUAUGAAUGCCAUACAUUUAGAAAAUACCUUAGCAUUUCAUUCUCAUUUCAUUAUUUAAUCAACUUAUGUGUGUCAGUAUGUAUAUAUUUCUAUUUAAUCAGCCAAAGACAUUUUAUAUAUUAUAUAAUCCUAAUUGCAGUUACCUUUGACAGUGUUGUGGUAUUUGCAUGGAUACCAUGACAACACUGAAAUUGCUUUUUAAGGUAUUUUUUAACAUUUAACCUAUUGUGCCUUUUUUCUGAUACAGAACUUGUAAGUGCUGCGCUAUGAAUACUUUAGGAAAUGUUUUCUGACUUUAUCAUAGAAGAUGUUUCAGUUUCAUGAUCAUGAAUGGGCAAUAGAUUGUUAAGAAGCUGUUGUCAAAACAAAGGUAAUGCCUGACCAAGUGAUAUUUUGGGGCAGGGGCAAUCGGUUGGGUGUAUUUCACUACAGAAAAUGUUUGCUCAAAAAUGUUAGAAAAUCAUGUGUUCUUCGACUUGACAAAACAAAAUAUGUGGUUUUCAGUACAUUCUGAAUGUUCCGGAAGAUAAUGUUGUGUGGAUCCUUUCAGAUCAGUUAGCUCAGAAAUAAUGUUUUAAAAAAAAUAUUCUGUUUACAAUAUUUUUUCUGAUUUUUGCAGUGGUAUGACUGUUUUAAGCCAUCAUGUGAUUUUGCAAUGGCAAGCUUUGUGAUGAACUGGUACAUAAAAUGUGUGAUUCAAGGCUAGGAAGUGUAAAUCAAACUUGUGUAUUGCUUGUUUGUGAUAGUAUUUGUGUAUUUUCCCAAGCUGUCCGCAGUAGGUUUUACACAGUUUGUUUGUCACAGGUGCUUGUUUCUGGAGUCCCUUUGCUAAUGCUCAUUGACAUACUUUGGGAAGGAAACGGAAUAUAUUUGAAUGGAUUAUCAGCGAUCGUGAUAUGUUUUACAAGCCAUAAUAAUAUUAUUAUAGCACAGUGCUGUUGGGAAAGCAUAUAUAAUCACAAUAAACUUACUGUACAUAGUUAAAAAGGGACCACUAAUUGGUGGGAUAGCUGUCUUGCAAAAGCAGCUCUUUUCACUGGAACAAUCCACCACUCAGUCUCAGAAUUCAACAUACUCACUCUCUAAUCACAUUUGUAAACUCUCGUUCACUGAGGCACAAAUGGACUAUGUUAUGACAAGUCUCAUGCAGUCUCCAACAGUGUUUUAGAUGCAGUAAAUGUCACACCUCAUGUAAGAGCCAACUGGACACUGUACACUGUCUUACCGGUGAGCACAAAUUGCACUGACCAGUUCAGUGAUAGCUUUGACCUUUUAUCAAUGAAGUAGCCUGAAUCACCACUGUGAUAUCUACAGCUGUAUUAUGUAUGGUAUUGCAGCAGAUUUGUGCAAUAGUAAGUUGGAAUUGUUUAUAAUUGUAUGGCUGUUGUUUUGUAACUCCGGUAUGGUUUUUGACAAUUGUUUUGAGCGUUAUGCACGCAAAGGUAGUGGCAACAUGUAGUGAGGACCAGUUUUUUACAUUCACCUGUUCUCAUGAAGACACAAUGGUUUUUAUUUUCAUUUUGUUUUUACUUUUAUUGUGUUCAGAAGUAUUUCAUGAUACUCGUUGUUGUGAGGACUAUUCAAGGCGUUAGUUUAACUUCUGACAGUGUUGACCUCCCUAUGAAUGACUCCAACUCAUAAGAAAGAUUUGGCGAAUCUGGGUAGCCCCAGCCGUUUGAAAGUAGGCAUGAUUCUGUAGUCCAUUUGGAUUAUAUUUCAUAUUUUGUAGAUACGUAUGUUCUUACUUAAGAUAACUUUAUUUCUUGAAGCAGCUGUUAGUGUAACUUCCCAGAUGCUUGUCACAAUGUUGUUUAUUGUUAUGUACAUCAAAUGUAAUGACCAACCAUGGUUUUGGGGUGGGAGAUUAUUGUUCUUGAGCAAUUUUAUAAUGCCUCCUGUUGUUCCGUAGUGUCAUUUGGUGUGUAAAUUGUUCAUCCGUCGUUGUUUACAGGUAAGAAGAAUAUGACCACAGUAUUUGUGUCGUAAUUAUAGUUGUGUUCAUCAUACUCGUCGUUUAUACUGUCAUGUUUUAAAUAAUGGUUCAUAUAAACUUUCAACAUAUUUUAUUUGAAGUUUUAGGUUCAACAAUCAGUUCCAGGUUUUCUUGGCGCAGAAUACAAUGUUUUGUUGAAGUUUACCUUUUUUAACCAACUCUUCAUUGUAACAAAUAAAGAUAUUAUGC